UAUAGACAAUUUUUUAUCAUUAAAGUAAAUGUUUUUGUUGCGAAAGGGUAAAAAGUAUUUAUGACAUAUUGAACGACUGAAAAGAUUAGAAAUUAAUUUUCGUCAAUUGAUUCGUGCACACAAAUAAUUGCAAAAUUAUUAGACAACAUUUAUUAUUCUCAAUCACAAUGAAUACAAUUCUUAUCCUUGGGAAUAUUAUUACAAUUAUAUUUGUUGUAAAAUUAGAAUCAACAGGAAUACCACAUUCAGAACGAAUUCACGAACUUGAGAGCAUUAAUAACCUAAGAAACAAAGUGAUAAGAGAAUACCUUUCCAAUUAUGAUUUACCUGAAGCAUUUGAAAUUUUAAGUCAAUAUAUUUUGAAUGAGGUGGAAAUGUAUGGAUUUGCUGAACAUUUAAACAGAACUGGAAGUCCACCAGAAUGGAGCAAUACUAGACAACUCAAAAAUUAUAAAAAUUACAAUUUUUUGAGAUAUAAUUACUCUUUUGGAGAAUAUAGAUUAGGUAUAGAAAACACAUAUAUGCACAUUAAUUUUCUUAGAAAAGAAAUUUUUUAUUUGACACAUAACAUAAAUGUUCCAAAAUUGGUUAAAUCUUACAAAGAAAAAAUGUUGCAUAAUUUAAUUACAUUUGAUGAUUAUUAUGCUAUUCAACUUUUAUUAAAAAAUUAUUUUAUAAUUAAUUCGGAGAAUCUCGCAUCUUGGAGGAUGAGAAGAGCUUUAUACACUUUAGCUAUUCGACAAUACAGUUCAAAUGCAACAAUGAAUUAUAUUCCAAAAACAUGUUUUUUUAAGAAACAGGAAAGGAAGAAAUUCGUUCAGGAUAUAAAGAAGGGAGAUAGUUUCGAAAAGACAACUUUCAGUAUCUGCAGCAGCAAAUAUAAAGAAUCAUACUCAUAUAUUUAUGAGUAUUUUCUUCCUAAUUCUUCCUGCUGGACGAAUUAUAAAGUGUUAAUUACGGAUCCUAUUGCGAUGGUAAGUUUGAAAGAUAUCGUGGAUGUUGAAGAUGAAGAACUAUACGUAAUACUUCCCAAGACAGACCUUACAGUAUUAAGUGAUGCAGAAUUUUUUGUUGACAACGGUGCACCAAAUUUUUAUGUAAAAAUAUUAACUUCUCCAAUUUAUGCAAGGUCCAAUUGGCUUACUGAAUUAGCGAAUGAAAUAGAGAAGUAUAUAGAGAUGGAAAAAGAAUAUUUUAACACUGCCAAUCGUCAUGUAUGAGGAAAUUGUUUUAACAUUUAUCUUUAAUUAAAAACUACUGAUAAAAUGUACAUUAAAAAAAUAUUUUCUGUAUCGGAUGUACGAUAUCAACGAUGAAAUAAAAAUAAUAUAAGAAAACAUU